AUGAGAUGCGCCAUUUUCCAUCCUGGUCUGCAUAGUUUGAUGGAACAAAGAGAUUGGAACGAGUUGCCCAUUCACUGUCUCGUUGAGAUUUUUGGGAGAGUCGGAAUUGAAUCACUCGUAGAGACUAUCCCUUUAGUCUGCAAGUAUUGGUAUGAUGCUACAUUCUAUCCUCAAUGUUGGGAACAACUCAUCUUUACUAAAUCCCGCUGUUUACAAUGUUCCAAACCUCCCAAGCCGAGAUUGGAAUUAGACGAGGAUUCAUGGUCAGAUCUUUGUCUCAUGAUGCCACUUGACUAUACCAAGUAUGCCGAUGAUUCUGUAGACAAGUUCCUUCAAUUUGCAAUCAAGCGUAGCCAUGGACUUGUAACCACGAUUGUGUUUCACCCUGAAUCGCUUUUGAAAGCAGGCCAAAUUGCAUGGAUGGCUCAAAGAUGUCCCUCUUUAAAGCAAUUGGUUUUACCAAGGUAUUUGAGCUAUGUGAUUAACUUUGAAGUCUCAAACUCUAUCUGCAACUGGAAAGAAUUAGAGGCUUUACAAAUUGCGUCCUUGAUCGGAUUGAAGAAAACCAUUGCCAACAUUAGUAAACACUGUCACAACUUCAAUCAUUUAAGCAUUUAUGUUCCAUGGCUCGAUGCAGAUGUGGCUUUAGCCAUAGCGUCCCAACUGCCACACAUUAAGACUCUAGAUUUAAGGUUGUCGGCCAUUGAAAGGAACGAUUUAAUCGUGAUCCUAAAAGGGUGCCAGGAACUUGAGCAGCUCGAUGUGAGCAAGUUUAAAGGUGUGGCUGGCGAUCAGGAGGUACAGGAACUUGCAAGUCGUAUUCGUGUAUUUAAACACGAGGGAUCUCGUGCUUCUUGUCUUCAUCAAUAAUAUAGUUGUCGUAAUUGUAGUUGGCAUGAAGUCAAAACGUUAAUUAAUAUGAC